CAUUACAUCCACUCCGAGCAGAUUAUUCCUUUACUCACACAGUGUCUGUUUAACUAUGAGUUCCUGCUGCAUAAACUGUGGGGUCUGUCCAUCUUUCAUGUUGAGGAGGACCUUAAAGCUGCCAUCAUACCAGAGAAAGAGCUUCUGGAUGUCAAGGUGUUGGGUCAGGUUUUGUGUCUUUCUCACUCUGUGCUAUUAAAUGAUCCAUGCCAGCUGGCCUCUCAACUGUUGGGCCGUUUGGAGCGGAUAAUUUCCCAAGAUAAACCUGUUGCUUUAGGUGACCCAAGACAGUACACUUUUCUGCAUGAUCUGAUGGCACAGUGCAAGAGCUCUUCUCUACCCGUUCUUGUGCCCUCCUACACCUGCCUGUUUCCUCCAGGCGGACUUGUACACACACUCCUGUCAGGUCAUAUGAGUGCUGUGACAGCUCUGGCUCAUGGUCGGCAUUGCAUCAUUUCCUGCUCCUGUGAUGGAAUGCUAAAUCUGUGGCUUCUGGAUGAGCAAACGAGACCCGUGAGGUCCUUACCGAGGGCUCGAGGACCUGCAGUGGACUGGGCCUCUGACUCGCUCACCCUCUGUCUGGAUGACAGUGUGCUUGUGCUACAGAUGGGCCACUGUCUCCAGGUGAGAGAGGUGGAUUCUGGGAAGGUGCUGUACAUGGAGAAGGAUUCUCUGGAUGUUCCUGUCGUCACAACUGCCUGCGAUGGUCUGUUGCUGGUGGUUUUUUAUGACGGAAGUCACCUGGUUAAGGUGUUUGAUCUUGUGGCGUCUUGUUCAAUGCUGCGCUGUGUAAACCUCACCCUGGACUUCGAGCCCGUCCACAAAGAUCAGUCCAUCUUAGUGUCUCGCCACUCUUUCAAAGACUACGUUCUCUUGGCCUACAGGGAUGGAGGAGAAGCAGCAAUAUUCAAUGCUAAAAGCGGAGUUGUGUCAGUCACAUUGAAAGCUCAGCACCCUGCAGCAUCUAUACAAGCUGUAGAGAUCAGCUCUCAGUAUUUACUGCUCUUCUGCAGAUACCCCUAUAAAAGACACGGUGAAAUCAUUCACAUUGAACUGUUCAGCACAGCAUCUUUCCAGUACCUGCGCUCUAUCUUGGGUUGCAGUCAGGACUACGUUUCCCAGGUCACCAUUGCAGGGGGAGGGUCCCACAUUGUGGCCUUUUGUCCCACCCCUCACAGCACCACUACAGAAAUUGUUAUCUGGAACCUAGAGACUGAAGAUCAUAAACACAUGGCACGGUUUCCUGGCCUGCUGGCUCACGGUGUGUGUUCUGAUCUGCGGUACUGUGUGGGUUUCUGUCCCGGGGAGCGAUGCUUGCGCAUGUGGAACCUGGCAUCCAGAAUAAACGACCAAACACUCACAUAUAACGUGCACAAAGUACACAGCGACGGGACAUCUGAGAUUGUAACCAUGCAGAGAUAUCCAAGGUACGUAGUGUGUCAAAGCACCCGUCCCGGGACUGUGAGAAUCUGGAAUGUGGCACGGACACGAUUUAAGGGUCGUCCUGUGCAGGUGGAGCACGGCCUGUUCUCCUCUUCAGACAUUGCUCUUGUACGAGACCUGAAAGUCUAUAUUCUGUCCGACCACGGCGCCGCCAAUUUCACCGAUACGCCUACAUCUGUCUACCAGACAUUGCUGGUGUACGACCUUCUUAAAAAGAGCUACGUUAAGAAACAGUCUGGACUGUUCAUCGUGCCCUGUCCUCGACAAGACUAUCGGCUCUUAGAUGGUGAAAUACUGCUGGGCCUUUCAGAAACACGGGACCAUCUGAUAUUGUGGGAUCUGGACUCUGGCUACAUUAAAGGGCGUAUCAAGACGUCUUACAAAGAAACCCUACUCUCCAGCAUGGACAGAGAUUCCCAAAUUAUGUCCUCAAAAGAAAAGACAGGCCUAGUAAUGCCAUGGGACAGGCGCACAGAAACCCAAACGGCAAAAAGAAGGAGACAAGACCGUGAAGUGAAGAGAGAAAAAGAUGAACAGCAGCGCCUCGACAGAGAGAAGUUCAACUCUAUAGACCAGUAUCUUCUCAGUGGUGAUGAGCAGGUGGUCAUCUGCUCAUAUUUUGCCCAUCAUCUCAACGUCUUCAGUGUGGUUUCUGAAGAGCAUCUGCACACCCUGGAGGACCGCUGGUCCCAUCUGAGCCUUCGUACUGCCGCGAUCACUCACUCUGGGGGGUACUUGGUGGUUUCCAACUACAGCGAAGCCCAACAUGCUCCAUACCUCACCGUUUGGGAUACACAGCAGGGAAAAGUGCGGAAGAGAUUGAAAAAUGAACCUGGAAUCUGCUGCAUAGCUAUAAGCGAUGAUGCCUGCAGAGUGGUUUUCGGCAUUGCAGGAUUCAACAAGUUAAAAGUAUGGGAGCCGUUCCGAAGGAAACAUAAAACCAUCUCUGGCUACGGAAGUUUAAAUCUUAACUGGUCCAGCUUGCUCUUUAUCACUGAAGGACAAUCCAAGGCUAUUUUAUUAUCAGAAGCAGUGAGCAUGUGGGACCUGGACAAUGGUACGAUGUUGUCUGUCUUUACUCCUGACUCCAAGAUCCAGACUAUCUCUCUGCAUGGACCUGACAACAGCACACUGCUCUUGGGCUUUAGUGACAUCUCUACUCUAAUCUCCAUGACCGUCAGCAAACAAGAAGAACACACAAAGUCCAUCACAGCUAGCGGAAAAGACCUGUUUGGGGAAUCCAGCAGUAGUGAAGAUGAGGAAGAUUAAGAAAGAAGCAAGAACUGACUCAGAAAUUCAGUCUGAAUGGGAAUAAAGUACUUUAAGAUCUUUUACAUUCACCUUGUAUUGAAGGACUCAAGAGAUAAUAUUAUUUGUACGCUGGAAAUGCGAAAGUAUGUGACUUCUAUCUUCAAGUCUAAGAAGAGAAAAGCGACGCAUUACGAUCAGCAUUUCCAGUGCUCGUUUUUCCACAUACUAUGAAUUUACCAGAACUUCCCCGCCUUACCCUGGGAGUCAUGAGAUCCAGAGGUUAUGACAAAACAAAUCUCAGCAAGCGUGUGCUUUCAUGUUACGUGAUUUCAAUGCAUUUUCGUAAAAAAAAAGUCAUAUAUUCGUAGGCCCGUUUUAAGAGACAAAGAUCUAAUUGCAUUUGUGAAAACUCUGACGUUUGGGUGUGUAUUAAGACAUGCUUAAACAGUCUCUACUUCAGUAAAGUGUCAUGCCUGGUGAGUCAAAUUUUCACUUCCUGCAUUUGUCACAUGAUAGAUAAGCAAAAUAACAACAACUUCCUGCUUAGAUUAAUUUAUAAGGGGUUUUUAACAACUGCAUUUAUAUUUUCAAAGCAAAUAAAAAUGAACCGAUGCCA